CACUUUUUCCCUUUUGAAGAAGGGAGGACAGUAACAGUCAGUGGCAAACAGAUGUAAAACCCAGUUCCAUUCGUCUUGCCACGGGUGCGCACCGGAGAAGAGGAGCAGGACCCGCAGGAUCAUCGAUUCACACUUUAUGAUCUUGCGCUGCGUAUGUGACAAUAGCAGAGAGGACGCGGUGAACGGUGGGGUUAAGGGUGCUUCUCCUCAACGAAAGACUCAAAUAAUUUAACCAUGAACACCAGGAUAUUGUUUUCGCUUGUUUGUUCUGCGGCAUUUUUCGCUGGGCUGCAGUGCGCCUCGCCAAGGGCCACAGCGGGGAUGGAUAUCCCCACCGCCGACUUCAGCAACAUCAAUAGCAGCGGCGGCGGUACCAGAGGCGGUACCAGCGGGGAAACCGGGAGCAAAAGAGACUUGAACCAAACCAUGAACUCCAGGCUCAAGAGGAAAACCCUGGCUGUGGAUUUUGCGGUCCCCUCUCUGUUGCGCUAUUACCUGGCGGAGUUCAUAAAGAGACCUCUGAACGGCGACUGCCAGACUUUUAGCGGAUGUUACAUGGUACGCGCAAAUUUGAAAAUGCACUGCAUACCUUUGCAGAAAACCAUAUCCACUUUUGUGGACUCCAAGUCUGCUACGGACUCUGCACUGACGAACGUGUCUGCUGAUGGACAGCUCCCCUUCUUCCAUAAGCGGCCGCUGUCCAAAGUUCUGAAAUUGGGCUUGACGAAAGCCAGCAGGAAAUCAAACCAAGUUGUGGUGGAAAUAGGAGAGGAUAUAGUGAGGACGGGAUGCGGGGGGCUGUCUGUGUACGAGGAGGCCCCGGUGCUCACCCUGGAAAUGGACCUCACAACUAUUCUGGAGUGGUGGCUCGGCGCAGAGGGGGGCCGGCUCAGGGUCCGGCUCAUGCCCGAGAAAAAAGCGCAGGUGCCCGCGAUAGAGGAUCGGUACACAGCUGCCAUACGCGCUGCAGACCCCCGCCUCUUCCUUCAGAUAUCCUCCAGGGGUGAACCAUUGGCUGGUAGAGCUGCUGCUGGCAUUCCUAGAGGGUACUGGAGCUUCUCCUGGGUAGCCGAGGACGACCUGAGCUUUCCCAACGACUCCAUGCCCGUGUCAGAUAACCAAUGCCCUGGCAAUAGCAGAGCAUGCGACCAGCACCUGGAGGGUAUCCCAGAGUUCACAUGGAGCAUAGUGGCUGCCGGGGACCUGCGGGAGGGAAGGAACGAGAAAAGCGAAAAGAAGGCAGAAAGCCCCCAGGGGUGGGAGGAAGGUCAGUUCCUCUGGGUGAACAGCUCAGCCUUUGGCGGCCCCUGGGUGCUGAGUCCUUGGCUGUGGGGGGGCCAGGGUCCCUGUGGCCUGGACAUGGCUGUGUUCCUCCACCCCAAGCAAAGUGGGCAAUACACCAUAUGGCUCAUAGAGCGAGACAAACCGCCACUUGCCCUCUUCUCAACUGACACACUGCCACGCAUCACAGGCUGGGCAGUGGUCCACCUCACCCUGGGGACCCACGGAGGAUCACCUUUUCGGGUCUCAGCCAGCUACGAUCAGCGGAUUCCACAGGAUGACAUGGCCACCAUCGAGCCCCACUUCACCACUAACUGCACCAUGGCAUCCUCAGCCGGCCCUAACGUCACACUGGAGGGCCAGUACCACUGUCACCAGGGACCUGGGAUCCCACUGGACAAACUGUGCGACUUCAGUACAGACUGUCCCCUCGGCGAUGACGAAGGCGACCUAUGUCGCCACUUUCUCAAUGGCAGCUACUGCUCUUUUGAAGAGGGCGAGUGCAGUUGGCAGUCAAUAACAGGCCGCGGUCUCUCCUGGAGAAGACUCCAGUCGCCAGCAAAGGCUACUAGACAGAGCUGCCCAUCAUCAGGUGCUACAUUCAGUGUGGAAGGCGGCCAGUCCAAAGCCCAGCGUGGCUCAGCAGUACUGAGGAGCCCUCUCUUCCCCCCUCCUCUAAGAAACUCCCCAUGCACGGUGCAAUUCUGGCUGUGUUCUGGAGGCUUACAUAGGGGGUCGCUGUCUCUGUGGAUAGCAGAGAACAGUACAGGCCCUGAGGAGCUGCGCAGACUGUGGCAUUCAGCGAGUGAUCCAAAAUCUGAAAGGGGCUGGAAGCUUGUCAUACUUCCUCUUUACGGGCUGGCAGACUGGUUUUGGCUGCAGUUCAGCACAGAAGAUGGACCUGGACCCGGUUCAGCCUUUUCCAUUGACAACAUCUCUUUUAGUAUGGACUGCUUCCUGGCAUCCAACGGUGAGUUUCCACCAGUGGUCGCCAGCUCAACAAGGCUGCCGUUUAGACCAACCACUAAGACUACGCCGCCGUCCAUUGGAAGCCCUUUGGAAGCCCCCUUCACCACCACAGAUUACUCCAAAAAAUGGAUUUUUCAUACCUGUGGGGCUGUGGGCCCUGAAGGCCCGACUCCCACUCAGUGCCUCAACUCCUACUGGAACAGCAACGUCAACGUGACCGUAGGCACCCGAGGGCCCUUAAAAGGCAUUCAGAUGUGGAAGGUCCCAGAAACUGGCACCUACAGGAUCACAGCCUACGGUGCAGCUGGCGGCCGAAGCGUGUUGGCCAUGAGCAGGUCCCAUGGUGUCUACAUCACAGGAGACUUCCUGCUGAGGAAGGGCGAGCCGCUCUUCAUCCUGGUGGGACAGCAAGGAGAGGACGCAUGCCCCAAUUCCAACUUCAAGCUAAACAGGAUCUGCCUGGAACAGAGCAGCGCGAUGGUGAACAAAACCCAAGUGAAAGGGGGCGGAGGAGGAGGUGGCGGGGCUACUUAUGUGUUCAAGGUGGACAAAAAUGUGUAUUUCCCCCUCAUCAUCGCUGCUGGGGGAGGUGGUCGGGGCUACAGCAGCCUAUCAGAGACCCAGCUGGAGCAGAUGGACUAUGACCCCAGCCAACCGGGACGCAACGGGAAGUCAAACGCUGCAGGUGGAGGCGGAGGUUGGAAUGACAGUCUUCCUGUCAGUCAGGGUGGCAGACCGCUGGUGCUCGGAGGCCAGGGAGGGCAAGCCUGUCAUAAGUUCUGGCAGACCCGCGGCGGCUUCGGGGGCGGCGGGGGUGGCUGUAUAUCCGGGGGUGCCGGCGGAGGCUACAGAGGUGGUAACACCUCCAUAGAUAACAACGCCAAACACGACGGAGACGAUGGCACGUCCUUCCUCAGUCCAGAGGGAGAGCCCUUCCUCUACCCUCUGAAAGCUAUGGAGGGGGAUGGUGAGGUGAUCAUCAGUCCAGUGCAGAACUGCAGCCACUGUGAGAGCGGCGAAUGCCACGAGACCAAGGACAGUAUCGUCUGCUACUGUGAUGAUGACCUGAUCCUGGCACCAGACCGGGUGUCCUGCAUCAACGCUACAGAGGUGUCCCUGCUACCUCCCCAGCCGUCUCUCCCCAACCUGGCACUGGGUCUGUCUGUGGGCACCUCGGCCCUCAUCGCCGCCCUGCUGCUGGCUGUGUCAGGAGUCAUGAUAAUGUACCGACGUAAACACACAGAGCUGCAGUCUAUUCAGCUGGAGCUGCAGAGUCCAGACUGCAAGCUCAGUAAGCUGCGGGCAUCCACCAUCAUGACCGACUACAACCCCAACUACUGCUUCGCCGGCAAAACGGCGUCGGUCAACGACCUGAAGGAAGUACCGCGCCGCAAUAUCUCCCUCACCAGGGGUCUGGGUCAUGGUGCUUUCGGUGAAGUCUAUGAAGGGCUGGCAGUGGGAAUACCGGGUGAACCGAGUCCACUGCAGGUGGCAGUGAAGACCCUUCCUGAGGUUUGCUCUGAGCAAGACGAAUUGGACUUCCUCAUGGAGGCUCUAAUCAUCAGUAAGUUCAGCCACCAGAACAUUGUGCGUUGUAUUGGGGUCAGUCUGCAGGCCAUGCCCAGGUUCAUCUUGCUGGAGCUGAUGACCGGAGGAGACCUCAAGUCUUUCCUGAGGGAGACCAGACCCCGGCUGGAGCACCCGUCCAGCCUGACCAUGGUGGACCUUCUCAAUGUGGCCAGAGACAUCGCCAAGGGCUGCCAGUAUCUGGAGGAGAACCAAUUUAUACACAGGGACAUUGCAGCUCGGAAUUGCCUACUGACCUGCAAAGGACCAGGCCGUGUGGCCAAGAUUGGAGACUUUGGAAUGGCUCGAGACAUUUACAGGGCAAGCUAUUACAGGAAGGGUGGGCGUGCCAUGCUGCCAGUGAAGUGGAUGCCACCUGAAGCCUUCAUGGAGGGCAUCUUCACAUCCAAAACAGACACAUGGUCAUUUGGGGUUCUGCUGUGGGAGAUCUUCUCAUUGGGCUACAUGCCAUAUCCAAGUCGCAGUAACCAGGAAGUGUUGGAGUUUGUAACCAAUGGUGGAAGAAUGGACCCACCUAAAAACUGCCCUGGGCCAGUGUACCGUAUAAUGACUCAGAGUUGGCAGCAUCAGCCUGAAGACAGGCCUAACUUCUCAACUAUCCUGGAGAGAAUUGACUACUGCUUACAGGACCCUGAUGUGGUGACCAUGCCCCUGCCUAUAGAGUAUGGACCCAUCCCGGAAGAGGAGGAGCGUGUACCCAUGCACCCUGACGACCCCUCAGCUCCAACCGUACUGGUGAAUGCCCAGGUGCCUGAUGGGGAGGUUCCGCAGCCGCCCCUAUCCUAUCCUACAGAGGACAACCGGAGAGGUGGGGAGCACAGUGUCGAGACUAGCACAGCAUCAGAGGCCAAUGCACAGACGUUAGCCCAGCCCAAGCCAUACCUCCACCAGCAGCCUCGCACACCGACCUCCAUCGCUACGACAACCACUAACACAGUCACCUCCACAGCCACCUCUACACUCACUGCCAAGGGACCUCAUGCCACCACCCAGCCCAGCCUUGAGGGGGGCCACAUCAACCUAGCGUUCACCCAGGGACACCCACUGGAGAAGGACGGCCACGGCGGGAAGAGCACCAGUCUCUGGAACCCAACAUACGGCUCGUGGUUCCUGCAGCAGAGGAAGCAGCAGCAGCAGCAGAGACAGGGAGGGGUGGGGGGAGCAGGAGGGAGCAGUGGUAGGGUGCCUGGGGAGGGCCAGGAGCAUGUGGGCCGGACUGUGGCGGAGAUGGCUGGGGCGCUGGGUCUUCAGCACCAGCACAAGCAGUUCCAGCACCAGCUCCAGCUGCUGCACCAUCAGCAGCAGCAGCAGGGUCUUUGCAGACCUCUGUUACCCCCACCACCACCUCCUGCUGCCCAGUCACCUCUGCUUUUAGAUUCAGCCGCCUUGCCCCCGGUUCCCCUCUACAGACUGAGACGUUUCCCCUGUGGGAACAUCGGCUACGGCUACCAGGAGCAGGGCCUGCCCCUGGAGGCCGCCCAUGGUAACCCCAACCCCACUCCUGCACCCCAGCAGGGCAUUUCCAUGCCCUCCUCAGCAGCCCACCAGAGGGGAGUCUCCAUUCCCACCUCAGGGUCCCUGGGUCGGUCAGGUAUCUCUGAGGACAGCCGCCCACUGCUAGUCACCAUGGGGACAGUACAGGAUCCCAGGCUGCCCAGGAUGGAGGGCCACAACGCCACCGUGCUUUAGCCCAACUGCCUGAACCGCUGGUCUUUUCAGGCCUUUCAGGUCUUUGGAGACUGUGUGAUCCGGACACAGCAGGAAACACUGUGUCGGGACUGAGACCGUUUUACACCACCCCAACCCUCCCACCAUUUUGGUUUCUUCCUCCAGUUCUCACUGAAACAGAGCCAGAAGAGUCCGUCAUGCUUUUUCCAUGAGAACCCUAGAAGGGUGUUGAAAUGCCCAAUGGAUGCUAAAGCACAUCAGAGAACUUAAAAAGGCUUUUGGGAGGCAACAUUUAGAGUAAAGGCUAGUUUUAAGAGUUAAAAAACAAUGUAUUUUUUUCAACGCUGGAGGGAUAAUGACUGAAUACUGAGAAAGAAUCAAAUGAAGAAUUUAUGGCACAGGAGGACACACCUUUCUAUGUGGUAGUGACCAGGAGCGAGCACAUUUGCCAUGUGUUCAUUGACAGCUUGUUUAUGAAUAGACUAUUAGGUGGAUUCAAAUCUCUAUAUUUUGCCAAACUUUCAUUCACAAACUUUGGUGACCAGUUUGACUGCAGCAAUUGCAAAGUUGUCUACAGCUGCAAGCCACAUGUGUCAGUUCUACUGCAGAAGCCUCACGCUGUUCCUUAUCCACAUCCUUUUGGAAAACAACAGUGUGGUAAAUAACUUGUAUCAGACUAUUUUUCAAGAAUAUCACAGAAUUGGACACUGGAUUACAAGAGACAUUUAUACAAAAAAAAAACUGGGGAAAAUGUGUUUGUUGAUGUUUGCUUGCCUGCUUGUUUAUUUAUUUAUUCAUUUGUUUAUUUAUUAUUUGGAAGUGUCUCUAUAAAUUAUUCAUGAACAUGCUUCAUCAAAUCCAAACUAAUUCAUUUCACAUUAACUGGUUUUCACUUUAGGUUUUUUAAGAUGCAGUAAUUUGUUUUUGGUAAUAAGAAAAAAAGUGAGUUUGAACAAUACCAAAAAUUGAUCAAGCCUUUGAGGUGAAGUAGAUAAAUAGAGCCCUGAUGCAGGUUGAUUUUACAAAAGAAUAUAACGGGAUUAACGGCAACAUUCAAGUGUUCAACUUUUUACUAAUGCUGAAGAUUUGUAAUAAGUCGUUGCCCCUGGUACUAUUAAAAUCACUGCUGUGCGGACUCUCCUUUUGUUCACUCCAAACUCCAUUCUGUUGAAAGAGUGCUUGAGACUGUGAAGUUAAGGCGUUCCUUUUCUUAUGGCUUUUUCAGUAACCUUUUAUCAUUUAUUUCGUGUUACAAAAAUGUUUCUUUCCCUUUCCCUGAAUCAAUCUUAACCUUCAAAUUGCCAUCUCGAAGCACUCUACCUUCCUAAAUUUGCAUAUUUUCUCUUUUCUAUUAUAGGAUGACUGUUGUGGAAUACAAAUGAGUCUGAAUGAAAAGUUUGAAUACAAACUGCUUUUGCUCCACAUGUGAAUGAAAGCUGAGAUCAGUUUGAGUUUCAUUCUACUUUUUUCGUGUUCCCACUGUGUAAAGUCUGCUUUUUUCAGUUAAAGGACAGUUAACAUGCAGUAUAUCUAUUGGAUAGCACCAUGAGUGUAUGGUGGUGUUUAUAUUUAGGUGAAUGACGACAACAUGCGUCAGUUUUUAAAGCUUUUUCUUGACUGUAUUUGGCAAUCCUGUCGGUCCCGCUGUAAAGCGCAAUGAGCUGUCGUGUGUGUCAUGAAGCUCGCUGACUGAUUAAGACAAAUGCUUUCAUUUAGGCCAAAUCAAUGAGCAAGUUAAAUAUUGGCCUAUACGUAUUUUGCUUUGUCUCCGGUACCAGUGUUAAAUGCAUUCUGUGUUCCGCUCACAGCUCAUGUCCAUUGUUUGAUGUAAAAAGACAAACUGAACUGCACCUGUAAAUGUUGUAAUUAUAAAGUAUUGUACUAUGGCUCUGGUAAAAGCUGUACAUUGCCCUUCAGAAGACAUUCGCCAAAAUUAAUAAAUUACUAUAUAAUAAC